AUGAAGAUGAUGUUAGAAGACAGUAGGGAGACCAUCACUUGGGAGCUAUUCAAGAAGAAGUUCUAUGCUGAGUACUUCCCAGACAGUGUGAGGUAUGCCAAGGAAGUGGAGUUUUUACAGUUGAUGCAAGGAGAGAUGUCUGUAUCCGAGUAUGCAGAAAAGUUCAAGCACUUGGGUAGAUUCCACACCUUGAAGAUGGCAGAAGACUGGCAGUGUAGGAAGUUUGAGAAUGGGUUGAGAGGUGAUCUCAAACUCAUGGUGGCUCCACUUUCUAUAAAGGAGUUCCCCGCUUUAGUAGAAAAAGCAAGAGUAAUGGAGAAGCUGAAAGCGGAAGUCGAGGCUCAACAGCGGUCUCAACAGAAGGUGGGAGGACCAUCUGGGUCCACGAGCCGACAGGAUGAUAGGAGGAAACCCUACUCUAGACCUCCGCCUCAGGGGUCCAGGAGAUUCUCACCACAGCCACAUCAGUCCCCUCAGCACCUUUCUCCCCGACCUCGGUGUUUUCAGUGCGGAGGGCCCCACAUGAGGAGCGCUUGUCCUCAGCUUGGUAGUAGGCGAAUGUGUUAUAAAUGUGGCCAGGAGGGUCACAUUAUCAGGGAUUGUCCCACUGGCAGGAGCACAAUGCCAAGACUUUCGACACAGUCACAGCCACAGCAGACACGAGGAAGUGCUAGACCUCAGGCAGCUGGCCGAGUAUAUGCCAUGAUGGGCACAGAGGCGAACAGAGCAGGUAACCUCGUCUUUGGAUCUUGCAUGAUUGAUGGUAGGAGCCUAUGUGUACUAUACGAUUCAGGAGCGACACACUCUUUUGUGUCGGAGUCUAUAGUGUUGGAGUUGAGUCUUCCGGCGAAGGAGCUCCAGUAUGACCUGGUGGUAUCCACGCCAGGCGACUCAUGCUAUUUCGUGUGUUCUGGGUUCUUGGAAGAGGAACCGCCUGGCGGCACAUUCCCGGCCGCCAGGCGAUGCAAAGUGUCUUAG